CAACAAACGCCCAUUCAACUUUUAUCUCAUUACCCGACUUUCUUUGUGGACAUGAAUCUGACUACUUUCUCAGCGUCAAAACUCUACAGAAUGUUCUUUCACUGGGUGGAGCUAAGAACUAACGGCUGAAAACAGAAAACAGUCGGGGGAUGGCAUUGAUUUCCUUAGCCCCUCCUUCAACCUGUCACCGCUCUUUCUCUGCAUCUAUUCAUGGCAGAAAAGCGCCUUCUUUGGCUGACCCUUUGCUCUACAACCGUUAUCUUACUCAAAGACGAAAUCUUUCUUCAUGUACCCACAACAAGUUCCCAAGUUGCGUCGAACCCAAUAGGAAGGGUUUCAAUUUGGGCGAGCAUUCACAAUCAUCUGUGGCAGAAGUUGACGCAGAUCCUGAAAAGUUAGAGCUCAAGAGCCAAGAUUUGAACAGGGCGAAGGCGGAUUUGUUAAGUGAAAUAUGGGAAUGGGCGUUGCUGGUGUCGCCCUUCUUCUUCUGGGGCACGGCUAUGGUGGCAAUGAAGGAAGUUCUGCCCAAGACUGGGCCUUUUUUCGUGUCUGCAUUCCGAUUGAUUCCUGCAGGUUUUCUCUUGGUGGGCUUUGCUGCUUCCCGGGGCCGGAAAUUCCCUUCCGGGCUCAAUGCUUGGCUUUCUAUCACGCUAUUCGCACUAAUUGAUGCUGCCUGCUUUCAGGGUUUUCUAGCUGAGGGGUUGGAGAAGACAUCAGCUGGUUUAGGCAGUGUAAUUAUCGAUUCACAGCCUUUGACUGUUGCUAUUCUAGCAUCACUGUUAUUUGGUGAGUCUAUUGGAUACGUCGGAGCUGCAGGACUUGUACUUGGAGUAGUAGGUCUUUUUCUUCUUGAGGUGCCUGCAUUGACAAUUGAUGAGAAAAACUUUUCACUUUGGGGAAGUGGGGAGUGGUGGAUGCUUCUUGCUGCACAAAGCAUGGCAGUUGGUACAGUUAUGGUCCGUUGGGUUUCCAAGUACUCUGAUCCUGUCAUGGCUACCGGAUGGCACAUGGUUAUUGGUGGCCUCCCGCUGAUUAUUAUCUCCAUGCUUAAUCACGACCCUGCCCUUCAUGGUAGUUUGGAGGAGCUUACUUCCAUUGAUGUAUUGGCACUGGUCUAUACAUCAGUUUUCGGUAGUGCAUUGAGCUAUGGUGUUUACUUUUACAAUGCAACAUCAGGCAGCCUUACAAAGCUCAGCUCGCUUACCUUUUUGACUCCUGUUUUUGCUUCAAUAUUUGGGUUCAUAUAUCUUGGCGAGACAUUCACACCUAUUCAGUUGAUUGGCGCGCUGGUAACACUGGCAGCAAUUUACAUGGUUAACCUUAAGAGUGGUGAUGCAUGAAAUGUUACCAUCUAGACAGAGAUCCAUUCACCCACAGAUGUUUGAACAGAUGUAAUAAUCUAUAGUACUCCAGUUAGUAUAGAGCAGCAAAGCAGUUCCCUUUUUUGUACAUGCAUGUUCAAAGUAAUGUUUCCUUAAACAUGAUGGAAUGUAAUAAAAAACACUAGGUAUACUUUUAGGGCAAAGUUGCAUUUGAUGUGCUUUUGAUUAAAUCACAUUCCGGUUA